GACUUCGGCUUCAUGGCCACAGACCGGACUGGAAGACCGUGGUGCCCGAGUCUGGUUUCCAGUUUCCAGUCGCUAGGAGGUUUUAUUUCGGAGUGUGCAGAAUCUCACGAACUUAUAACUUAUCUAGAAUUUUGGAAUCAGUUUAUCGGGAAAACAUUCGUGUUGUGUGGUACUGUGUAGACUUAAGAAGACAUCUGACAGGUCGUCUAUGGCCAGAAUUUUGAUAUGGAUCUCCCUGGUCGCCUUCGUCAGGUCGGAGGCCUUUCCAGGACCUCUGCCCUUCCCACAACCUUACCCGAUGUCUUUGGCCUUUCCAGCGCCUUUUCCAGACCCGAGACCUUACCCUCAUCCAGAGCCUUUUGCUCUACCAUACCCCUUCCCAUCUAUGUAUCAACAGAGUCUAAAUUCCAGACCCUUCCAAGAUCCUGAUUAUGAAGACUUUCCAGAACAUUACUUGAAAUCAAGGCCUUUCCAAGGACCUGCUCUUGGUUCUGUGAUUGGCAGCGCACCAAACUUUCACCCAGGAACUUUCCCUACACCCUUCCCCGGCCCCGAGAACUUCCAGGGUCCUAAUACUGGAGUCCAGGCUGUCUACAGGUCUAACCCUGGCGCUGAGCUUUUCCAUGGACUGAAUCCUGGUGCUGGGGGUUUCAAUAUGCCUUAUCCUGGCGCUUUUCACCAGCUCAAUCCAGUUUCUGGUGUUGAGACUUUCCGUGGUCUGAGCCAUGCUGCUGAGAUGUUCCACAGGCCUAAUCCUAGUCCUGAGGCUUUCCACGGUCUAAAUACUGGUGCUGAGAUGUUCCUUAGGCCUAAUCCUAGUCCUGAGGCUUUCCAUGGUCUAAAUACUGGUGCUGAGAUGUUCCUUAGGCCUAAUCCUAGUCCUGAGGCUUUCCACGGUCUAAAUACUGGUGCUGAGAUGUUCCUUAGGCCUAAUCCUAGUCCUGAGGCUUUCCACAGUCUAAAUACUGGUGCUGAGAUGUUCUUUAGGCCUAAUCCUAGUCCUGUGGCUUUCCACGGUCUUAAUACUAAUGCUGAGAUGUUCCAAGGGCUCAACCCUGGUCCUAAAACUUUCCAAGGUUUUAAUGCUGGUGCUGAGAUGUUACAAGGGCCUGACCCUGGUCCCGAGACUUUUUUUUUUUUUUCCCCCAAAAAUUGA